UAAUUUUAACAAAAUUAUUUUCAGAUUCAAAAAUGAAUAAUUAAUUGAAGUACCAAUGCAAAAUGAGCAAUAUCUGUAUGUUUUGUUUACAAAUAUAGGAUUUUGUACUUUAUCUCAAAUUAUCCGAUAGCUGACUAAACCUUGAGAAUGAACCAUAUUGUGAAGGAAUACGAGGAGGAGUUCUCCAACACCUGUGCGGAGAUAACCGUCCUCUGCGGUAAGCUAAAACACUCACCCCGGGCUGAAGUAUCAGAGGAACUCAUCCGGAACCUAGACCUACUCUACAGAGACGCAGAGGAGACCCUGGAGCAGAUUGAGCUCGAAACUCCAAACCUUGAACCUGGUUUAAAGGAGAAGGUUCGGGGAAGAUGUAUCAGCUACAGGAAGGAGUUGGAGAGAUUAAAAUCUGUUUAUAUCACCUGUAAACGAGAAGCAGAGGAGAGAAAAGCAAGGAUUGAACUCUUCUCUCACAGUUCGGAGGUCGGGGAGAAGGAGACGGAUAUGCUGCUGGAGAAUAUGGAGGUUCUAGAGUCAUCCGGCCAGCAGCUGGAAGCUGGACGGAGACUACUCCAGGAAACAGAGGAUAUCGGAGCUAGCGUGUUAUCUGAUCUAGGAAACCAAAGAGAGACCCUGGAGAGGUCCCGGGGUAGGUUGAGGGACGUGGAGACGGGUCUAACCCGGAGUUCAACAAUCCUCUCAACUAUACUUUUCCGAGCUCAGCAGAAUAAACUCUUGGUUUAUCUUGUUGCUUUAAUUAUACUUAUUGUUCUCCUAGCUGCUUUAUAUUAUAUUAUUACAGGAUCAUAGAAACUUAGGUUUAAUUAAAUGUAAAAUAUUUAGUUGAGUUUAUAAAAUGUGAAUUGCACAUAGAUUAUUAUUUCAAGUGCGUCAAGUCAAGUUACCCCUUUCAGA